UACUGCCAAUUGCUGCCGUCUUCUUUUCUUCUUCACUCUCCACCCGUUUUUUGCUCUUUCCUCUUUCCCUUUUCACACCAAAGAAAAGAAACAGGCGGACGAAACAAUAGCAACAGUUGGACUGGCUGACUGACAGGACUGCUCCAAUCACCACCACCCCUCACUCUCGCUCACUCUCUACAUUCCUGAUCUCUUUCAUUCCCCACCGCCCACUCACUCGACCCCCAUUCCACAAUGGUUGCCAUGGCACCAGGAUCGAUAGCCCAUCUCUGCGGAAACGACUCGAUCGACACACCCUGGAUUGACGACGACUUUACACCAUGCUUCCACGAGAGCGUUCUCGAUGCAGGAAUCCCGCUUUUGUUCGUCCUUUGUUCUCUGGUGGCAGUCAUCGGAACUGCUGUCUAUAAACACGUCCAUAAGAAUCACACUGGAGAUCACUCUGGAUACCUUCCUAUCACGGCUCAGGACGAGGCACUUGUUGGAUCAGAAGUAGACAUUGAUGAACAAGAGGACCUCGGUCAGGACGGCUCACUCCCUUCAGAAUCGGCUGUUCAUCUCGGUCAAGUUGCAUCUGGGCGCCGCAUAUCUGUUCGUGAUGCCAUUAAGACCGUGGCAGCCCUCGCCUCCCUCGCCACGUCAAUUGUAUGGAUGGUCAGCCGAUCGCGCGAGGACAAGGACACUUAUCUGUACAUUGCACCUUUGGUCUCGACAUGUGCCUGGGCCUAUGUCUCUGUCUUGACCGUCUUCCACCUGCUGAGACCCCUCAAUCCCCUGGUCUCACUCACCCCGCACUUCGCGACCUUUUUCAUCGUCAAUCUGCCCAUUGCCCUGUUCAGGCUCCGUACCCAGAUCAUUCACAGGACAUCGGAUCUGGAGCUGGUUCUGGCCUCGAUCUACUUUGCCGAUGCUAUCCUCCUCGCCCUUCUCGCCCUCACAUCCCAAAAGUCAACCCGCGCUUUGGUCGCAAAGUCAGGGGAGCGUGUCCCCUGUCCAGAGACCUAUGCAUCCCUCUGGGCCCUCGCUUUGUUCUCCUGGGCAGAUCCAUUGAUUGCUCUCGGUUUCAGGCGUGCAUUGAACAAGGAGGAUAUUUGGGACUUCCGCCUGGGCGACUAUUCAUCCGCGGUGAUCCACCACUUCCGUCAAUCAAUCCUCGCUACCCGAAAGAACUACCCGUUCAUUGCGCGUCUCGUGAUCAACUUCAAGAAGCGCAUCACUGUGCAGGCUCUCUGGGCCGUAGUCUGGGGACUGUUGACUUUUGUCGGGCCCUUUGCUUUGGAGCGCAUCCUGUUCUAUGUGGACAACAAGGACACCAUGGCUUCCGAAUGGGGAUACAUUUACGUCUUUGGUAUGUUUUUCGGAAUGCUACUCGCCACCAUUGCUCAGUCUCAGAUGCUCUGGCACGGUCGCCGUAUCUCGAUGCAGCUUCGUUCAAUUGUGGUCGGCGAGGUCUAUGCGAAGGCCCUCCGUCGCAAAGAUCGUGCUGGACAGACUCAAAAGGCUGCCACCAACGACUCAGACGACGAGGGCGGAGAGAACGAGAUGUUUACGUAUGGUGCUAUUAACAACAUGAUCUCGAACGACACCUCCGAAAUUUCAAGCGCUAGUGCGUACCUUCAAGAUAUCUACAUUCUGCCGCUUCAGAUCGCCCUCGCCAUCAUGUUCUUGUACCGCAUUCUUGGAUGGUCUGCUCUUGCUGGUGUUAUCACCAUGGCCUGUUUCAUUCCCUUCAAUUUGUUCCUGACCAAGAGAGUCGAGAUCAUUCAGGAUGAACUGAUGAAGGCAACCGAUAAGCGUGCUGAGCUCAUGAACGAACUCCUGCAGGCUAUUCGUAUUAUCAAGUUCUUCUCUUGGGAACGCAAUUUUUACGGCAAGGUUGACAAGGCUCGCGAGAAUGAGCUGUACAAGCUGCGUCUGCGCUUCACCUGGUGGAUUUUCGGCACUGCUCUGUGGUUCGGAACACCUGUUGUGGUCACCAUCACCACCUUCUUUGUCUACACCAAGCUGGCUGGCAAUAUCUUGACAGCCACUAUUGCCUUCCCAGCCUUGGCACUCUUCAAUGUCCUACGAGCACCCAUGGAUGCCUUCCCCGAAAUGCUCUCUCUGUGCCUGCGUGCCAAGGUCUCAGCUGCCCGUAUCGAUCGUUUCUUGGAUGAGGAGGAGGUCUUGGUCUACGCCAAUGCUAAUGCCAAGCCUCGCAAGAACUUGCCUACCGACCCCAUCAUCGGAUUCAAAAACGCGACCUUUUCGUAUGCCGGAAAGACGCAGCAGGAUGCUGCCAAUGCCGCACAUGAGGUCGGCGAAACACUCAGCGGCCAUCAUUUUGAGCUCAAGGACUUGAACCUCGAAUUUCCUGUCGGAGAACUGUCUGUGAUCACUGGACCCACCGGAAGCGGCAAGACCUCGCUGUUGUUGUCACUUCUUGGAGAGAUCAACCCUGUCAAGGGCCAAGCCUUUUUGCCUCGGCGUGACUCGCAUGAUAUCAAUCCUGUCACCGGACUCACGAACGGGAUCGCCUAUGUCGCCCAGCAGGCCUGGCUGCAAAACAACACCGUCCGCAACAACAUUCUGUUCGGCUCACCCUUUGAGCAGCGCCGCUACGAUCAGGUCAUCGAAAUGUGUGCUCUCCGACGCGACUUUGAAAUUCUGGAACACGGCGACGAGACGGAGAUUGGUGAGCGUGGAAUCACUCUUUCGGGGGGUCAGAAACAGCGCAUUGCUCUAGCCCGUGCGAUCUACUCGAGAGCUGGACAUAUCUUGCUGGACGACUGCCUGUCGGCUGUGGAUGCCCAUACUGCCAAGUGGCUCUUUGCCAAGUGCCUGAUGGGUCCUUUGAUGCAAGGACGCACCCGGGUUCUGGUUACCCAUGCCGUCUCCCUGACCCUGCGCGGUGCAGCCCAUGUGGUUGUUCUCAGGAACGGUGUUGUCGUCGCUAACGGAACUCCAAACCAGGUCCUGGAAGCCGGCGUUUUUGGCGACGAGGUGACCAACGAGGAACAGAUCAUUGACGAACCACAUCCCGACGACCGUACUGUUGCUGGAAUCGAAGAGACUGAGGACGAGAAUGGAACAAGCACUCCUGUUGCUUCCUCCUCCGCGGCUCUGAUUGCGUCUGGAAAGAAGAACUCGAGCAGCGAUGAUUCCUCGACCAACUCGACCAUCCCUGUCAAGGAGAAGAAGAAGCUCAUGGAGGAUGAAGGGAAGACUGAUGGCUCUGUCUCUUGGGGCGUCUACAAGUUGUACUUUGGAUCUAUGGGUGGUAUCCCGUACUGGAUCUUUUUGCUAUCAUCCUUUAUCUUUAUGCAGAUCUUCCAAGUUGCCUCCGAUACCUGGCUCCGAUUUUGGGCUGCCGCUUCAGAGAAGCAUGAUGAUGAAUCUGCCUACACCGCUUUGGCCUUUGCCGCUGCCUCGACUCCUUCAUUCGCCUCUUCGGCCUCGAAUGUUGCCACCAAUGUCUCUGGAUUGCUCAUGUCGUUCGCUUGCCAAUACCGCGGUGACCACACCUAUUUUGGCGACAAUCCUAUUCGCGUCUGUCGUCAGGAGAUCUACGACGAUCGUCAACCUAUGAGUCCUUUGUCCGCCAUGAGCUACGAAUACCCUGUGCCCACUGGAUUCUCGACCUUUGAUCGCAAGCCUCGCAAGGGCCAAGUGGGGGAUCUCAACUUUUAUCUUGGAAUCUACGCUCUAUUGUCGUUUAUGUACAUCUUUACAAUCAUGUGUCGUCAAGCUGUCCAGUACAAGGGCUCAUUGGAUGCUUCCCGCUCGAUUCACCGCCGUCUCUUGUCGCAGAUCCUGAACUCGCCCGUCCGCUUUUUCGAUACCACACCUUUGGGUCGCAUCAUGAACCGCUUUACCAAGGAUAUCGAGACCAUUGAUCAGGAGGUUGCGCCAAUUGCCUCCAACUUGAUGUUCGACUUGCUGGGAACCCUGACUGUUGUCAUGGUCAUCACAUAUAUCACGCCUCAGUUCUUGUUCCCUGCAUUCCUGAUCUCGAUAAUGUUCGUCAUCAUGUCCACUCUUUAUCUCCGUUCGUCUCGUGAGCUGAAGCGUAUCGAGUCCAUCACAAAGUCGCCAAUUUUCUCGCACUUUGGAGAAUCUUUGUCUGGUGUGGCUACUAUUCGUGCCUAUGGCCAAGAGAAGCGCUUCCAGCACGAGAACCUCGAGCUGUUGGAUGAUCACAACCGCCCCUUCUUUUACCUCUGGGUCUGCAACCGUUGGCUCUCGAUUCGCGUGGAUGUGCUCAGUGCGCUCGUGUCGUUCUUUGCUGGACUUUUGAUUAUUAUCAACCGUGAUAACCUCGGUGCCCCUGCCGCUGGUCUCUCACUCUCGUACUCGCUCACGUUUACAGAUCACGUCCUCUGGUUGGUCCGACUAUACUCAAACAAUGAGAUGAACAUGAACUCUGUGGAGCGUGUCCGCGAAUAUAUGGAUCUACCUCAGGAGCCUCCAGCGGUCAUUGAGGACUCGCGCCCACCUCCAGGAUGGCCCAACAAUGGCGAGAUUACAGUCGAGAACUUGGUGAUGCAGUACUCUCCUGACGAUCCGCCAGUUAUCCGCGAUGUCUCUUUUCAUGUCAAGCCUAGAGAAAAGGUCGGCAUCGUCGGGCGAACGGGCGCUGGUAAAUCGACGCUUGCGGUGGCAUUCUUCCGAUUCAUGGAGAUGACAUCCGGCAAGAUCACGGUGGACGGUAUUGAUAUCUCAACUUUGGGUGUACAUGACCUGCGAUCAUCGCUGACGAUUAUUCCUCAGGAUCCUGUCUUGUUUAUUGGAACUAUUCGCACCAAUCUGGAUCCCUUCAAUGAACAUGACGAUGCUGCGCUGUGGGCAACCUUGAAGCGCGUGCACCUGAUCUCGGGAGAUGGCACGGAGUCGAAUUCUUUUGGAAACUUGGAUAGCGAAGUUCAGGAGAACGGCAAUAACUUUUCGCAGGGCCAGCGCCAGCUGAUCGGACUUGCCCGCGCCUUGUUGAAGCAGAGCAAGAUUAUUAUCCUGGACGAGGCAACGGCUUCCGUUGACCACGAGACUGACGCCCGCAUUCAGGCGACGAUCCGUGAGGAGUUUAAGGACUCGACGUUGUUGACGAUUGCGCAUAGGUUGAGGACGAUUAUUGAUUUUGACAAGGUCCUGGUGAUGGACCACGGACAGGUUGUGCAGUUUGAUACGCCUUGGAAUUUGAUCCGCAAGGACGGCAUCUUCAGAGGCAUGUGCCAGCGGUCGGGCGAGUUUGACCUCUUGGUGGAGAUGGCGACAACCGCGGAGAGGAAAGCAAGCAGUAGCAGAUCUUGAAUCAACUCCGUCAACCCCUUUAUUCCACUGCAUGGACAGCGCCUCCCCACUCAUUAACAUUUUGCAUAAAUUCACGACCACCAUUUAUUUUUUGUCAUUGUCACUUUUACGUUCUCAAAAGCAAUAAAUAUAUUUACAACACAGCUUGUGUUCGUGG